GAAAUGCAUACAUAGCAAUCCAUCGUCUGUUGACAUACAACUCGAACUCUGUUUUUCUGUCUCGACGACGGUCUUGGGUUUUCUGUGCUAUUGUAGCCGGUGGUGUAGGUUCGGUGGUUGUGGCGACGAAAAUGGAGAGAGUUCCCAUUCCAACGGAAACAUACAAGUUGGGAUUCAUUGGAGCUGGAAAAAUGGCUGAGAGUAUAGCAAAAGGAGUGGUUCAAGCUGGCGUUUUGCCUCCUUCUCGCAUCUGUACGUCUCAUUCCAAUCCCAAUCGCUGCUCUGCAUUUGAAUCCUUCGGUGUCAAAAUACUCCCUCGUAAUCAAGAUGUAGUUGAAGACAGUGAUGUGGUCGUAUUCUCUGUAAAACCUCAAGUUGUUAAAGAUGUGGUCUUGCAAUUGAGUCCACAUCUUACGAAGAAGAAGCUUCUGGUUUCGAUUGCUGCUGGAACAAAAUUGAAAGAUUUACAGGAGUGGGCUGGUCACAGUCGAUUUAUUAGGGUGAUGCCAAAUACUCCUGCAGCUGUAGGCGAGGCAGCAUCAGUAAUGAGCUUGGGUGGAGCCGCAACUGAAGAAGAUGGAGACUUAAUAGCCAAAUUAUUUGGUUCAGUUGGUAAGAUAUGGAAAGCUGAUGAGAAGUUGUUUGAUGCAAUCACUGCUUUGAGUGGCCCAGCAUAUGUAUUUUUGGCAAUUGAAGCUUUGGCUGAUGGCGGAGUGGCUGCAGGUCUACCCCGAGAACUUGCCUUGGGUCUAGCUUCCCAAACUGUUUUAGGGGCUGCUUCUAUAGUGACCAAAACUGGGAAGCAUCCGGGUCAGCUUAAAGAUGAUGUUGCCUCACCUGGGGGGACAACAAUUGCUGGUAUUCAUGAAUUAGAGAAAGGUGGAUUCCGGGGAACGCUAAUGAAUGCUGUUGUUGCUGCUGCUAAGCGUGGCAGGGAACUUUCCCAGAAUUGAAAAUUCUUUGUUUCUUUAUACUAGGCAGUGGCUAUGGUGAUAGAAUUCCCAUUUCUUUGUUCUCAAUUUCUUAAUUGGGAUUAUCUCUUGGUCCUUUUUGCUUGCUUAUGGCCAAUGUGAAUUAUUCAAAGGAUUAGGAUUUUCCAUAGAUCUUCUGACCACAGACUUUGCUUUGCUAAUUUGAUUGUACCUUUUGGCAUGUCAAAGGAAAUAAUGACUUAGCAUUCUUCUUGGGUUGUGAUGGUAAUAUAAAUUAGUUGAAGUUGCACGUAAAGUAAUUGUAUACAACUCCUACUUAUACUGCUUUAUUUUGUAA